ACACUCACAGCUUCUCUGCAUUUUCCAUUGUGUUUCUCAAUCCAGCGGCGUUCUCUCUGCUUUUCUGUUUUCGUAAGUACCAUUAUGGGUAAGGAAAAGGUUCAUAUCAACAUUGUGGUCAUUGGCCAUGUCGACUCUGGAAAGUCAACUACCACUGGGCACUUGAUUUACAAGCUUGGAGGUAUUGACAAGCGUGUUAUUGAGAGGUUCGAGAAGGAAGCUGCUGAGAUGAACAAGAGGUCGUUCAAGUAUGCUUGGGUGCUGGACAAGCUCAAGGCCGAGCGUGAGCGUGGUAUCACCAUCGAUAUUGCCUUGUGGAAGUUUGAGACCACCAAGUACUACUGCACUGUUAUUGAUGCCCCUGGACAUCGUGACUUUAUCAAGAACAUGAUUACUGGUACCUCCCAGGCCGAUUGUGCUGUCCUUAUCAUUGACUCUACCACUGGAGGUUUUGAAGCUGGUAUCUCUAAGGAUGGUCAGACCCGUGAGCAUGCCCUCCUUGCUUUCACCCUUGGUGUCAAGCAAAUGAUUUGCUGCUGCAACAAGAUGGAUGCCACCACCCCCAAGUACUCAAAGGCAAGGUACGAUGAAAUUGUGAAGGAAGUGUCAUCCUACUUGAAGAAGGUUGGUUACAACCCCGACAAGAUUCCAUUUGUUCCCAUCUCUGGAUUUGAGGGUGACAACAUGAUUGAAAGAUCCACCAACCUUGACUGGUACAAGGGCCCAACUCUUCUUGACGCUCUUGACUUGAUCAAUGAGCCCAAGAGGCCGUCAGACAAGCCCCUUCGUCUCCCACUUCAGGACGUGUACAAGAUUGGUGGUAUUGGAACUGUUCCAGUGGGACGUGUUGAAACUGGUGUCCUGAAGCCUGGUAUGGUUGUUACUUUUGGGCCCACUGGAUUGACAACUGAAGUUAAGUCGGUUGAGAUGCACCACGAGGCUCUCCAAGAGGCUCUUCCCGGCGACAAUGUUGGGUUCAAUGUUAAGAACGUUGCCGUGAAGGAUCUCAAGCGUGGGUUUGUUGCCUCAAACUCCAAGGACGAUCCUGCGAAGGAAGCAGCCAACUUCACAUCGCAGGUUAUCAUCAUGAACCACCCUGGGCAGAUUGGAAAUGGCUAUGCCCCAGUGCUCGACUGCCACACAUCUCACAUUGCUGUGAAAUUUGCGGAGAUCCUCACCAAGAUUGAUAGACGAUCAGGAAAGGAGCUUGAGAAGGAGCCCAAAUUCUUGAAGAAUGGUGAUGCUGGAUUUGUUAAGAUGAUUCCAACCAAGCCCAUGGUUGUGGAGACCUUCUCCCAGUACCCACCUCUUGGUCGUUUUGCUGUGAGGGACAUGCGCCAGACUGUUGCUGUUGGUGUCAUCAAGAAUGUGGAGAAGAAGGAUCCUUCUGGUGCUAAGGUGACCAAAUCUGCUGCCAAGAAGAAGUGAACCGUGCGGGUAGGUUCAGCAAUUGGUGGUAAGCAUCAUAUGGAGUGUAUUAAAGACUUGGUUGUUACUGGAGUUCCGUUUACAGGAUGGUCAAGUGUUAUUUUUGAUAGUUAUGGUUUCAAGUCAUCUCCUUGCCGCCUCUGUUGCUCCCAAAAUUGGGUUCUUGAUAGACGGUGGCAUCCGUUAGGAGAUAUUUUCGAGUCAAUUGAGUCACAGGACUCCUUUCCGUGUGUUGCUAUUUAAAUUUCCUACUUGUGAUGGUUUUAUUUUUGGGGAUGAUAGGUCUCUGUUUAUGGAGCUUCUUUGAAUA